AUGUCCUUUCCCUUCAACUCUUCCUUCCAUCCCAACGGGAAUGAGUAUUAUGGGACUGAAUCAAACGAGCUUCCCCCUCGCCAGGACUUGUCAGACUCGACGGCAACAUUGAGAUAUCUCGAUGAGUAUAACUUGAACGGAUAUGACAUAAGUGAUACCAUGUCGUUGCCUUCGGCUGCAUUAGUGACGACGAGCGAUACGAGCUACCCGGAGCCAGAGCCAGUCCCGAGCGCUCAAGACUUUCCUUUCCCUGUCACCACUGGUAAUACGGAGCAAGAUUUUUGCUUCGUUGGAACCUUCACCGGUGACUCGUUGGACGUACCAACUGGUGAAAUUUUACCCAACGCCCCCGGUGAGAAUGCAGCCUCUCAGCCAAAGAUCGAACAACGUUUCUCUGAGAUUUGGAAUGAGGUUCCUGACGUGCCUACCAACGAUACUCAUCGUGGUACUGCCGGCCCCAAAAUUCUGAUCGAGGCUCUGGAUUUUAUCAUCGCUGACCUAAAUAAUCCCGAAUGCACUCCGGCCCAUGCAUCCCGGACAAGAAAGGCGAAAGACGCGCUUGAGGAACUAGUGAAGGAGCAUACAUCUCCAGGAACAGAGAGCAUCGUGAAUGCCGGUGGAUGCUUGCUUUGUGGCGUUACAUUCCUGAACAAAGGGGUCCUGACAAGGCAUUUCAAAGACCAGCAUUACCCUCAAUUCAAAUUCUACUGUCCGAAGGAGGGCUGCUCAAAGACGCAAAACCGCAAAGAUAAAAUUCAAAGCCACAUUCGUGCCCAUGAGGGAAUUGACCGUGAAAGCUUCACCAAGACAGAACUUCCUUGUCCCGCAUCGUGUCCCAUAUGCCCAUUAAACACCAACAGCUGGGAAGACUUCUAUGCAUGCAUCAUUGGGCACCAUAAGGUUGGUGCACAACCACCCGAGCGCGCUGCUUCUCGAAAUAGCAGUGUCGACCAUGGCCAAGCACUUCAGAUGGGCUCGGCCCCUACGGUUGACCCCCCACUAUGUGUGUCGUCCCAACAGCUCGCUGUCCCUGGUCCUGAUAGCGUUCGCAGAGAACGCUCUCCCUCCUUCAACGCGGUUAGAAGCCAAAAUCGCUCAGAACGAAUGGGAAUAGGUCGAUCUCACUCAGACUCCCAACGAGCGGAAAGGAACAGAUUGAAUUCCAACUCUUCUCGUUCUACCGCCCACACAGGGGGCCAACUUCGAGGUAGAAGUCCUUAUCCCCAAUCUACACAGAGGAACGAAAUAGUCCGGGGAAGAAUAUUCGGGCAAAGAGAGCCGUCGAGCAGAAACAUCCGAAGUCUGCAGUGUGCCAGCUGUCUUCGAUUCUUCCGUGAAUUUGAUCCGAGUGAAUUUGGUCUCAUGGACAGGCCAAGAUAUUGUCCCAGGUGCUUCGCUAGAUGCUCAUUCGGAUCUUACACGGUUCCCAUGGAAGCUCAAUAUUCUCAACAACCCCAGCCGCCAUUGCAAACCGCAGUCUCUCCCCCCGAAAACUUCACAUACUGGACCCCUGAGCCCUUUCCAACCGGGCAAGAUACUAUACAACCCUUUCCUACCACCCAGCCCAACCAAGGACACCGGAACGCCAGAGUCCCAAGCAGAGCAGCCGCCUUCAGGAGCUCCCCAGGAUCCCCUCCCCAGAGUAAUGAAGUAAAUAAUCUUGAUAUCUGGGCCGUGAGAGACAUAGACUCACCCACUUUCAGUGAAGAAGAGCUAUCUUUAUGCUCCCCGUUGUCUUUGGGAAGCAGCUUGUCCCCAGCCAGCCCUUUGUCCAGCGUUUUUCCAUGGACGAAGACCUUACCCAUCGGACUCCCGACGAAGCCUCUCAAGGACCUACCGACCAUCCCAAGUUCUUGGCUUGACAAUAGUAAGCAUCGGGUAACACCUGCAGGAGCCCAACCUCGCUAA